CGUUCUCAUGCUAAAACUGGCUUAGAAUCUCCUAACUUUGUUCCCAGUAAGAAAGCAAAUAUUGAAAGUAUAAGUUCAGAAAUGAAAAAUGAUGAUGAGUGGUAUGCCUUGGUGCCUUCUAACUCUUUAUCAUCUCCAAGGAAAGAACUCCAGGCUGGCUUAUACCCAAAGAACGAUCCUUAUGAGGCCAACCCGACAGUCCAAGAAUUACUUGCACUUUUAUCCACAGAAAUAGCAAACCAAGAAUCUAAACAAAAUGACAAAGCCAUGCCUGAUAUUUCAGUGGGGCAAAACAUGACAGGAAAAUGUUUUGGCAGUGGGCAUCUACAAAGCAUAGCCAAUUAUUUUUUGGGUAAAAUGAAACAAUUUUCAUCUGCUCAGAGUCCGAAUGCCGUCAUGAAUUCAAAGAGUAAACUUUUUCUGACGACAGAGAGCGACUCGCUUCAAUCAGGUAUCCUUGCUUGUUCUAAAUUUAAAGAAAAAUUUAACAAACAUUUUUAUUCACUCUUUUCUUUUAAUUAAGUUUAAAAUUGUAAUAUUCUAUACCAUAAUUUUAAGUGGUGAAUUUCUUUCAAACACUGUUUGAUUCUUGCAAAACGUUAGAUUUUAUAUUUUAUGUUAUCUCCCCUAGUCACUCACAAUCGUAAAUCAAAUUUGCUACACACUAUCGUCUCGUAGGUUUAAUCACAUUAGAUUUUUAAAUAGUCUUUUGAUUUGUCUUGUCUUCAUAUCCCAAAGUAUUUGGAAAUAGUAUUGUGAUAUUUAGCAUGAAAGUCAUAAUGUAUAAAAACAGACCCUUACGUGUUUCUCCUACGAUCAGUGGCGUAGCUAGGGUUGAGUUUAAAAUUUCAAAGAUUGGUACACCUUUGAUAUAGUUUUAGCAUUAAAUAAAAUUUAAGAAACUUUUACGUGUAACUUUUUAGAUAACAGAAAAUUUACAAUUUCUUUAUGUGCUUGAGGUUUGAGAUACCCUAUAACGAAUUUACACUAAAAUAAUUACAGUUAAAAAAAGAAGAAGAUUAAAAAAAUAAACAUUGUUAAAUUCUCUUUUAGAUGGUAUUGUUAUUAAUUUAACAAAUAUUUGAAACACGUGCGUGAGGUGGCCUUGUGUAAAACCAAUGCUUUUUUUGUUUGUUUGUUUGUUGAAAACUUCUAAAAAUAGAUUUUCUCCACCAUAAUGGCCCACUCCAUGCGAUUGUUCAAGAAUUUAAAUUAUGCAUUUGAAUGACUAAAUAUUUUUAUUUAAAUAUUAAACUUUCAAUUGUUAAAAUACUUAUGCAAAUCAAAUAGCGAUGCUAUUUUUAUAAAUAUGCAAAAUUUUGAUAACCUUUUAAUGUUUUUUUAUACGUAAUAUUACUCUGUACACUGAGUUCUUACACAGCAUGGCCUGUGCCACAAACCCAAUACAUCAAACAGCAUGGCCUGUGCCAGAAACCUAAUACAUCAAACAGCAUGGCCUGUGCCACAAACCCAAUGCACCAAACAUUAUGGCCUGUGCCACAAACCUAAUACAUCACACAUCGUUUCUUGACACCAUGACAAGUGUGGAAGAUGAGCCUGUAAGACCAAUGUCUUCGGUUUCAGAUAAUGCUGAGAAUCUCGCACGCAGACCAACGAAUCAUCCAAGUUCGUCCCCGGCAGCUGGUGAGCGUGGCGCAGACAGGGGUCCCAUUGCCUGCUCCUCGGCAACAUCAAAAAGUGUAAUGAACGUACGUAAACUUAGAAAACGAGAAUGCAUUCUGGCAUCAUUGAGAUACUUAAUCCUCUGCAGAACGUCAAGUCUGCAGGGUGGAAAAUUUGAGCGUCUUUAGAAACAGUUAUUACUAGGCUUAAAACUCACGACUGAAGUUCGAGAAUAAGACUAUACAUGUUUUAUUUACUUAAGUGUACUAAAGAUGAUACAUUUGAAUCCAGGAAAUCCUUUAUAAAUCAAUUUUAAUUUUUUUUUAUUGCAUAACACUAAAUGCUGAAAUGAUGGUCUGAAAAUUGUAAGCUUCUAUAUUCAAUUGAAGUUUGUUUAAUAUUUCUUCUCUGACCAUUUUUGGAUUUUUGGUUUGGAUAGGAGUAUGGUGCCACUGGAUACAGAAAAUACAAAUUGACCAACAACGUGGAUACAGAUGAAGAUAUAACUCGUGAUAACACCAGGUUGAUGCUAAAUACAACAGAUGAC